AUGGCAGAAGCAGUGGUGUCGAUGGCUCUAGAAACCUUGCGCGAUUUGUUGAAGGAAGAAGUAAAAUUUUUAUCUGGUGUGGGUGACCAAGUGAAGGAGCUCGAGAUCCAGCUCAAAGAGAUGAAGUGUCUUCUGAAAGAUGCCGACAGAAGACGACAUGAAAGCAAAAUAAUUUUGAAUUGGAUCUCGGAGAUCAAAGAUCUUGUGUACAGAGCCGAAGCUGCCAUUGAAAGACACGCAGCUUAUCAAGUGACUUCAAGGAGAAAACAAGGCCUCAAACAGCUCCUCCGCAGAUGUAGCUGUAGUUUGGAAAUGAAGGGGAAAGCUCGUCCGCCAACAACAGAGCAAGGAAUAGGCCAAAACACGAAGGAUGGGCCAAAAAUAAGGGAGGAUGUUACAAGUUUGAGCGAGUGGGAGUUGAAGGAGCGACUAUGCAAGAUACAAAAAGAGAAGCGAUGCCUCAUUGUUUUUGACGAUCUUUGGGAAACUUCUCAUUGGGAUGGCUUCAAGCAUCCCUUCCUUGUCCAAGAUUUGCAGAGCAAAAUCUUGAUCACCACGCGCGAACAGGAAGUCGCGGAGAUUGGAUGCCCUGUCAAACUUGGGUUUCUAAAAGAGGAAGAUGCUGUGGAACUACUCAAGAAGAAAGCAUUUCCCCACACAAACAUUCCAGGGUUUGCAUUGGAAGAAAAUGUUGAGAAAAUUGGGAAAGAAAUGGUGAAGAAAUGUGGGUAUUUGCCGUUGGCAAUUUGUUUACUCGGUGGGGUCUUGAGAAAGACAAAUUCGAUGAUGGAGUGGAAGUUAGUCAAAGAAUUCAUAUAUAGAGAUGAAAAGGAGAUUGAUGGAGUGCUAAAUUUAAGCUAUGAAAGUCUACCCUAUUAUUUGAAGUCAUGCUUUCUCUAUAUGGGUAUAUUUCAAGAGGAUGAAGAUAUAGGUGUUGACGAUCUAUAUAUGAUGUGGAUAGCACAAGGCAUGAUUUGUAUUGGAGACAAGGACAAAACUUUGAUGGAAAUUGCAGAGCUCUACUUGGGUGAGUUGGCCUCCAGGUCCAUCGUCCAAGUCGAAAUUUACGAUGGUGUCACACCUGGAAAUAGAUAUUCGAGCUGCAAACUUCAUGAUGUAGUAAGAGAACUGUGUUUGAAAUUGGGUAGAAGUGAGGAUUUUGGUGCGCAGAGUUUGGAGUAUCAAAGUGGGAAAGCUUCCUCGCAUAGGAAAAUACGGCAUUUGGCUAUAUAUUUCAGGAAAGAAGUUCAAGUGGAACCUGACGAGCUUACAGUCACUUGGGGAGAAGAUAGUAGCGAACAUUUAAGGUCUCUUCGAAUGUUCAAUCACAUAAAUUCGGGUGUUGAUGUUGAGUUUCCCCCGCAAGGUAUCGUUGAUUUUCAGAAAUUCAAAUUGCUAAGAGAUCUAGUUAUGGUGGGAUUCAAAUUUGAAGGAAGAAAGUUAUCGAAAGGAAUCGCUAGUCUUGUUCACCUUAGACGUUUGUAUUUAAAAAGAUGUGAGUUUGAUAAGCUACCAUCGUCCAUAAGGAAUUUGGUAUACAUGGAUACCCUUGAUUUAACUAAUUCGAUGAAUGUUGGAGUUCCAAAUGUUUUUAAGGAGAUGCUACGUUUAAAACACUUGUUUCUUCCUGAUUAUGAUGAGAAAAAAAUUGGAAAUUAUCGAUUGACAUUGGACGAGGGAGUGAUUGAGUUGGAGACCCUGUGGGAUUUGGAUAGUAGAGUGCAUGAACUAAAAUGUAUGAACAGAAUGAAGAAUCUGCGACGUUUCAAAACAAAAAUACACGACAAUGAAAGCUUGUCAGCCAACAUCGACGCCAUUGCUCUCAUGGAAAAGUUACUGUCUUGUUCGGUUGAAAUCAAAGAGGGUUGCGAGUUAGGAACAAAUAAGGGAGUGUUAACGCUGAAGAAGGUAAUCACUUGUCCCAAUCUUCAUAUCUUGUGGAUUGAAGUUAAGUUAGGGAAGGCGCUGGCAGAGUGCGGGAGUGACUUCAUCAGUUCAAAACUUAUAUGUUUGGUCCUGUCAGAAUGUGAGAUUGAGGAUGAUCCAAUGGGGAUACUGGGGAACCUUCCUUGCUUGAUAGAGUUGUAUUUAUGGACGAAAUCAUUUGUGGGGGAGGAGAUGGCGUGUCCAUCAAACAGUUUCCCUCGCCUCAAGAAGCUUGACCUAACACAGUUACCAAAGUUAAGGGAGUGGAGAGUGGAGGCAGGAGCCAUGCCCCUUCUCUAUCAUUUAGAGAUAGAUGAGUGUUUAAGUCUGAAGAUGCUUCCAGAGGGAUUGAGUGGCAUUUCUACUCUUCGGGAACUAGAAAUUAUUGAUAUGCCGGAAUUGGGGAAGAGGGUAUCGGCAUCAGGAGAGGAUUUCCACAAAGUCAGCCAUGUCCCUUCAAUUAUCAUCCGAGACGAUGACUAGUCUAGUCUCCACCCAGGGUACUUUUCUCCCCCCCUUCGACCUACAGUCUUGUUGUUCCAUGUCCCAAGUGUUUCUCUUUAAUUAUUUGCGUUCUUUUCUCUGCAACCUUAUCUCGCUGUAAUCAGUUUCUUUCAAAUAAAUGUGUAUAUUUGUUUAUGUAUUAUUAAUCUGGAGAAUUUAUUCUAGACUUCGGCCCAUGAGCCUUUGCUUGUAACUUCUGGAGAUUUAAGCUUUAUUUCUGUUCUUGAAUUGUGAUUUU